AUGAUUGCAAAGUCUGAAUCGGAAGAAGAACACAUCCUCAACUUGAAGAAAUUAUUUGAGAGGUUGAGAAAGUAUAAACUCAAGUUAAACCCCGCCAAAUGCACAUUUGGAGUGAAAUCCGGGAAGUUGUUGGGUUUUGUGGUUAGCCAAAAGGGGAUAGAAGUGGAUCCUGACAAAGUGCAAGCGAUAUCAGAAAUGCCUAUGCCUAGAACGGAAAAGGAGGUUCACGGUUUUCUGGGUAGAUUGAACUACAUUGCUAGAUUCAUCUCCCAAUUAACCGCUACCUGUGAACCAAUGUUCAAGUUGCUACGAAAGAAUCAGGUUGUGGUUUGGAACGAGGAUUGUCAAGCCGCUUUUGAAAAUAUCAAACAAUACCUGCAAGACCCACCUGUAUUGCGUCCACCCGAGCCAGGAAGGCCACUCAUUUUGUAUUUAACUGUAUUGGAAAGGUCAAUGGGUUGCGUAUUGGGUCAACAUGAUGAAGCUGGAAAAAGAGAGCAUGCAAUAUAUUACUUGAGUAAGAAAUUCACAGACUGCGAACAACGGUAUUCGUCGUUAGAGCGAACUUGUUGUGCAUUGGCAUGGGCUGCCCAUCGCUUAAGGCAAUACAUGUUGAGUCACUCUACCUGGUUGAUAUCCAAGAUGGAUCCUAUCAAGUUUAUCUUUGAAAAGCCUGCUCUCAUUGGAAGGAUAGCUCGGUGGCAGAUGCUAUUGUCAGAAUAUGACAUCGUAUAUGUUACUCAGAAAUCCGUCAAGGGUAGUGCUCUAGCGGAAUACCUGGCUCAUCAACCCAUUAGCGAUUAUCAACCAAUGCAACCUGAAUUUCCUGAUGAAGACAUCAUGGCUCUACUCGAAGAGAACAGAGAAGACCGAGACGAAAAAGCAUGGACAGUAUUAUUCGACGGAGCCUCGAAUGUGAUGGGACAUGGAAUAGGGGCAGUGCUUGUUUCUCCAGGGAAGCAGUACAUACCAAUGACAGCAAGGUUGUGUUUUAAUUGUACGAAUAACAUCGCAGAAUAUGAGGCUUGUGCUAUGGGUAUUCGAGCGGCGAUCGAAUCUAAGGCAAGAGUUCUAGAUGUAUACGGAGAUUCAGCUUUGGUCAUCCACCAGUUGAAGGGAGAAUGGGAGACUAGGGAUACAAAAUUAAUUCCCUACCAGGCUUACAUCAGGGGAUUAAUAGAGUAUUUCGAUUCCAUCACAUUUAACCACAUACCGCGAGAAGAAAAUCAAUUGGCAGACGCGUUGGCUACCUUGUCAUCAAUGUUUGAAGUUGACCAAGACGCAAAAUUACCAAUGAUUAAAAUGAAGAGUCAUGCAGAGCCAGCAUAUUGCCAUUUCAUCGAGGAUGAAUUAGAUGGUAAACCUUGGUAUUUUGAUAUCAAGCAUUAUCUUAAGACCCGAGAAUACCUUGAGAAAGCAUCUGAAAACGAUAAAAGGUCGCUAAGGAGAUUGGCUGGCAAUUUUAUCUUGAGUGGUGAUAUUUUAUACAAGAGAAAUCACGACAUGGUCCUCCUCAGAUGCGUGGAUGCAAAGGAGGCCGAGCUGAUAUUGAAAGAAGUGCACGAAGGUACCUUUGGCACGCACAUGAAUGGGCACUCGGUGGCCAGGAAGAUAUUGAGAGCUGGUUAUUUUUGGCUGACCAUGGAAAGUGAUUGUUGCACACAUGUGAGAAAGUGUGAGAAAUGUCAGAAGUAUGCAGAUAAUAUCAAUGUGCCACCUACGACUCUAAGCGUGUUGUCUGCACCGUGGCCAUUUUCGAUGUGGGGGAUAGAUGUCAUUGGAGCUAUAGAGCCAAAGGCAUCAAAUAGACAUCGUUUCAUACUAGUUGCAAUCGAUUACUUCACCAAAUGGGUGGAGGCUGCUUCUUACGCCAACGUGACUAGAAAGGUGGUGACCAGAUUCAUAAAAAGGGAAUUGAUCUGUAGAUACGGGCUCCCUAACAGAAUCAUCACUGAUAAUGCCACUAACCUGAAUAACCAGAUGAUGGUGGAGUUAUGUGAGGAAUUCAAGAUUCAUCAUCAUAAUUCUUCUCCUUACCGUCCAAAGAUGAAUGGGGCGGUAGAGGCUGCCAAUAAGAAUAUCAAGAAAAUUGUGCAAAAGAUGGUGGUCACCUAUAAAGAUUGGCACGAAAUGCUUCCUUUUGCUCUACAUGGAUAUCGCACAUCGGUACGAACAUCAACCGGGGCAACACCUUUCUCGCUUGUGUAUGGAAUGGAAGCAGUACUUCCAUUUGAGGUGGAAAUUUCGUCCUUACGAGUGUUAAUGGAAACCCAACUAGAGGAAGCUGAGUGGGUUCAAGCUCGAUUUGAUCAGCUCAAUCUCAUUGAAGAAAAAAGGUUAACAGCAGUGUGUCAUGGGCAAUUGUACCAAAGAAGAAUGAAAAAUGCAUUUGACAAAAGGGUGCAUCCAAGAGAGUUCCACGAAGGCGAGCUGGUGUUGAAGAAGAUCUUGCCUGUACAAAAGGAUCAUAGAGGCAAGUGGACCCCGAAUUACGAAGGGUCAUUCGUAGUGAAGAAAGCAUUCUCUGGUGGGGCACUAAUUCUCACAAGGAUGGAUGGAGAGGAGUUACCAUUACCGGUUAAUUCGGAUGCGGUCAAAAAGUUUUACGCAUGA